UGUUCAUUAUAGGUGGUAUAGAAUUUAACUUAAAAAUAUUAAAUGGUUGCAAACCAUUCAAUUCAAAAUACAGAUGAGGAUGAUGUAGAAUUUUAUGAAGGAGAGCAUAAUAAAAAUGGUCAACGACAUGGUAGAGGGACACUAUUUUUAAAUUCAAAAAGAACUGUAAAAUUUCAUGGGAAAUUUCAGCAUGAUCUAAAAGAAGGAAGAGGUUGCUUUUACUUUGCUGAUGGAAGCUCUUUAUCAGGAAUGUUUAAAGAUGAUUGUUUAAAUGGAGUUGGUGUGUACACUUAUGAUGAUGGAUCUACCAUGGUUGGUACUUAUUCAGAUGGGAUGUUGCAUGGAAGUUGUGAAGAAUUUAAUGCAUCUGGUCAGUUAACAUUCAAAGGAAAUUAUCUUAACAAUAUGCGUAUAGGAGUUUGUCAGUUUUUUUUAGAGUUUGGAGGAACAUUAUUUGGAAGAGUUAACAAGUUUGGAAAAUUAAGUGGCAAUAACAUUGUGUAUGCUUAUCCAGACAAUAAAACAUUUUUAAAGGGUCAGUUUGAGGAUGGAGAAUUAGUUUGUGCUUAUCCUGCAGUUUAUAGUGGUGUAGGAGAUGAAUUUAAUCCAUUUUCAUACAAGACAAUUAAAGGUAAAAAAAUUACAAAGGAUGUAUCUACUAGUUUUGUUAUAUCAAAAAGUCCUCUGGAUGAAGACAUUUUCGAAAGCUCAAGAGUUGAAGUGAAACAAUCUUCUAAUAAAAAUGCUGGAGAGGGCCUAUUUUCAUGUGUUCAUGCCCAACCUGGAGAAGUUAUGUCUUUUUACGAUGGCGUGAGGCUUACUCACAAGGAGGUAGAUGAACGAGAUUGGCUAUACAAUGACAAUACAAUUUCUUUGGAUCAAGAGGUUGUUAUUGAUGUACCAAAACCUUGGAAUGAUUUGAAAUUUUAUAAAGCAUCCCUUGGACAUAAAGCUAACCACUCUUUUAAACCUAAUUGUAUGUAUGACAGAUUCAAUCAUCCAAGAUUCGGAAAGAUUAAGUGUAUUCGUACAAUAUCUUUUGUUCAACCAGGAGAUGAAUUGUUUGUGGAGUAUGGUUACGACCACCUAAAACUUGAUACCGAUGCACCUCUUUGGUAUCAAAAGGCUUUAGUUGAGCAUUUGAAUAAUAAAGAUGAGAAAGUUUAAUUUAAACGUUUUAAA